AUGUCUAAAAGAAAAAUCCGAGUUUUAUCUCUGAGUGAAAAACUUAAGAUCGUGAAUGCGUUUGAGUGUGGAAAAUCGCGUAAUGAAAUUCAGAGUGAGUUUGGUCUACCAGAAUCAACCUAUUAUAAAAUUAUCAAGUCAAGAGACUCUAUAAAGUCUCAGUGCUCUGAAGGACACGGAAAUAUUAAGAGGAGUCGACAUUCCGAGUUCCCCGACAUUGAAAACUGCCUUUUAGAAUGGAUCAAACAAACCCUUAACAAGAACAUCCCCAUAGAUGGACCCCUGUUGAAACAAAAAUCUAAAGACUUUGCCACAAGAUUGGGAUAUCAGAACUUUUCGGCUAGUAAUGGCUGGUUAGAAGGUUUUAAAAGACGUCAUGAUAUAGCUUUCAAAAAAGCCGCUGGAGAAAGUAGAUCUGUAGACCAAAGCGUGUGUAACCGAUGGACUGAAGAACUGCCAAGUCUCUUGAAGGGGUAUGAUCCAAACGACAUUUACAAUGCGGAUGAGACAGCUCUAUUCUUCAAGUGUCUUCCUGAUAAAACAUUCACAUUUAAGGGCGAAAAAUGUCAUGGAGGUAAACAAAGUAAGGAACGUCUUACUAUUCUUCAAUGCGUUAACAUGACCGGUACUGAUAAGCUACCUCUUUUAAUGAUAGGGAAAUCAAAACGACCUAGAUGUUUCAAAGGUGUCAAGACUUUACCUGUUGAUUAUGCAAGUAACACAAAAGCUUGGAUGACCAAGAUAUUAUUCAAGGAUUGGUUGAAAAACGUCGACAAGAAAAUGAUGAUGAAAAACAAAAAAAAUCCUGCUUUUCAUUGA